ACCAGGGUCCUGGUGUUCCUGCAUAGCCUCAGUGCAACUCGACUUUCUUUAAGCCGCUGGAACAUGUCGUGCUGACACUGUACUGGACCGCUGUACUACAGUAUAGCAUGGACCUUCUCCGCCAGAUCGUGGCCAGUCCGCGUGCGCGACACGACGAAGCCGGGCUGGAUCUGUGCUAUGUCACCGACAACAUCAUUGCAACUUCCGGGCCCUCGGGCACAUAUCCGCAACUCGCAUACCGCAACCCACUCAAGGACCUUGUGAAGUUCUUGGACUCCAAGCACAAGGAGAACUGGUCGAUUUGGGAGUUCCGUGCAGAGGGCACUGGCUAUCCCGAUGAAGAGGUCUAUGGCAGAAUCCGGCAUUACCCAUGGCCCGAUCACCAUCCGCCGCCCUUUGCGCUCGUGCCGCUGAUUAUGGGGAGCAUGAAGCAGUGGCUCAAAGACAAAGAGAAGGAGGGCAGAGUUGCUGUUGUGCAUUGCAAGGCUGGAAAGGGUCGCAGUGGUACCAUCUCCUGCUCGUACCUGAUCAGUGAGGAGGGAUGGGCUCGAGAAGAUGCAAUGAAGAGGUUUACAGAUCGACGGAUGCGCCCUGGCUUCGGAAAUGGAAUCAGUAUACCCAGUCAGAUCAGGACUCUCAUGUAUGUGGAGCGAUGGACGAACAGCGGGAAGAAGCCAUACGUCGACCGACCGACUGAGAUCGUGGAGCUGCACGUUUGGGGUUUGAGGGAUGGCGUCAAAAUUGGCAUCGAGGGAUACGUGGACGAAGGCAAGAUUAUCAAGUGCUUUCACACCUUCCACAAGGAUGAGCGGAAGACAAUACGUGGGGAAAUCAGAAAGGAUACCGGAUUCGCAGACGUCGCUAUGGAACUCAUGGGCAAGAAGAAGGCCGAAACUGCUGCAGACGCUGGCAAACAAGUAAAACAAGCAGAGAAGGCCGAGGAAGUCGUUGAGAGAAAACCUGAUGACGACGAUCGAAGCGGUGGAGAUGUGGUCUUCGUUCCAAAGGAGAGGAUCGUCCUGCCUAGCUCCGAUGUCAACGUGGACUUCGAAAGACGAAACAAGAGCAAGUAUGGUGGAUUUACAAUGGUCACGUCUGUGGCUCACGUCUGGUUCAACACCUUCUUUGAAGGCAACGGGCCUGAGCAAGAUGGCAAGCCUGAUGACAGUGGUGUGUUCACCAUUGACUUCGACGCCAUGGACGGUAUCAAAGGUUCCUCACGAAAGGGGACGAAGUGCUUUGACAAAAUCCAAGUUGUGUGGAAGGCAGUCGACCUGGAGAAUAAACCUGCUGUGACAGUGACAGAGCCAUCCGGAUCAACGGAAAGCAUUCCUCAAGCCCGGCCCGCUGACUGGAAGGGCGGAAAUGAUAAACACUCAAAUGACAUUGAGAAGAAGCUAGGCUUGCGAGAAGCAGACUCGGCAAGUGCAGACAUCAGCCGCGCUAGCAGUAUGAAGACGGAUCCAAACAGCGACAAGGAUGAUGUCAAGGACGAGCGCGAGACAGUUCAAAGUGUUGGUCCUGAUGGCAAAGCCUUGCACGAGACUACUGCAGCCGAUGUCAGUCAGAGUAAAGAUGUUUCGAAGAACCCAAGCACCGCUUCAGCUCAUAGCAGCGCGAACAACAUUCCUGCAACCUCUUCAACAAACACAAGAAGUGCACCCACCCAAGACAGCGUCCGAAAUGAAAUCACCUCGUCUGCUACAACGGAUGGCACAUCCGAUAAAAAGCCUCUGUGGGUCGACCAACGACCUCAGGGCAACGAGACAGGCCAGAGUAGCUCCCCAACAGUAGCCUCAGGCGAGCAAACGCACGUCUCCACCGCAGACCUGCCUGGCGGGGUGCCUGAAGAACAACUCGGCAAGCAUCAUGAACAUGGCCCUGGGCAUUUAUCUCUGAACAGAAACACCAAACCCAGCAGCUCAUGAGUGGGACUAAGGGGACUAAGUGUCUGUACAUAUAGCAGCAUUACAUUACUGGAUGACAAUUUUGUUUUUAGCGCGGCGUUGAGGGAAGGAGUGCUUGAUGGGUGACGAGGAGGAAGACAUGAAGUGAUGAUACCAGUCAGCAUGUGAGUGUGAGUUUCAUGAUAGAGCAGAAAAUAGAAACAGAUUCAGCAGAGAAACAGAAG